AACUUUGAAGUGUGAAAAUAGAAAAAGAAAAAAAAAGAAAGACAUUUCUCUUUCUGCACGUCUCUGUGUAUAUGUACUUUUCUUUUUCUCAAUUUGGUAAUCUACUCGAUCGUGGUCCACUUUUUGUGGGUGUUUUCGUUCUUAUAAAUUUUUAGCCAAAAUUUGCUCUUUUUCUUUUGUUUGGAGUCUUUGCUUUGGUACCUUUCUGCUACUGUCCUCUGGCUUUGAGAAAUUGAACUGUUGUUGAGAUCCUCUAAAGAUGCCAAUGCUAAAUGUAUCGAAAGAAAAGGGAAGAACACCGUGGGAGAUUUUUCCAGGAGUUGAUUCUAUCCAUGGCUCAAAUGAUGCUUCGCUUUUUUCGAGCUCAGUGCCUGUUCUUCUACAUGAGAAGCUGAAAUUGAGUGAGGUGGACCAUGGUCAUCAGUCCGUUGAUGACGCAUCAGCCAGCUUGAAAGAAAUUCACCCCGAUGUAGAGGUUGAGGAGCUGUUGGAUGAUGGUGAAAAUCGUGCAAUUGGAAGCUUGCUCCCUGAUGACGAGGAUGAACUUUUAGCUGGCAUAAUAGAUGGGUUUGGCCCUAGCCAAUUUCCCAAUCACGUAGAUGACUUGGAAGAGUAUGAUCUUUUUGGAAGUGGAGGAGGCUUAGAAUUGGAGUCUGAUGCUCAUGAAAACUUAAACUUCGGUAUAUCGAGAGUGAGUCUGGCUGAUCCUGUUGUUAGCAAUGGAGCUGCUCAUGUUGGAUUUUCAAAUGGUGGGGCAACUGUUACUGGAGAACAUCCACUUGGAGAGCACCCUUCGAGAACAUUAUUUGUUCGCAACAUAAAUAGCAAUGUCGAGGAUUCAGAGCUAAGAAGUCUCUUUGAGCAAUAUGGUGAUAUCCGGACUCUCUACACUGCGUGUAAGCAUAGGGGCUUUGUCAUGAUAUCCUACUUCGAUAUUCGUGCUGCUCGAACUGCACUGCGAGCAUUGCAAAAUAAGCCACUGCGGAGGAGAAAACUAGAUAUACAUUUCUCAAUCCCAAAGGAUAACCCCUCAGACAAAGAUAUGAAUCAAGGAACUCUUGUGGUAUUUAAUCUGGAUCCGUCAGUAUCAAACGAUGACCUCCGCCAAAUAUUUGGGGCUUAUGGUGAGAUCAAAGAGAUAAGGGAAACACCACACAAGAGGCACCAUAAGUUUAUUGAAUAUUAUGAUGUUAGAGCUGCAGAAGCUGCCCUUAGGUCCUUAAAUAGGAGUGACAUAGCUGGCAAGCGCAUAAAACUUGAACCAAGUCGCCCUGGAGGAGCUCGUCGAAAUUCUACGUUGCAAACAAAUCAAGAACCUGAACAAGAUGACUCUUGGACUUUUCGGUACCCAUUGGGUUCCUCAAUUGGUAAUUCCUCGCCGGGUAAUUGGCCACAGUUUGGCAGCCCUAUAGAGCAUAGCUCCAUGCGAAGUCCUGGCACUUCACCGGGCUUUAGAUCCCUGAGUCCCACAAUGGGCAAUAAUUUACUUGGUUUAGCUUCAAUUUUGCAUCCUCAUGCAUCAAAUUCCUUGAGGGUAGCACCUAUAGGUGAGGAUCACAGAAUGGGCGGUCAUGCAGAUGUCCCUAAUGGUUCAAACCAUGGUGUUCCCUUCCAUCAGUCUCAUUCUUUCCCUGAGCCUAAGAUAAGCCAGUUUGGUGGAACAGUGUCAUCUUUGGGUGCCUCAAAUUCAAAUGGUUCUGCUGUUGAAACAUUAUCAGGACCACAGUUUCUUUGGGGCAGUCCAAAGUUGCAACCUCAACAGAGUAAUUCUUCAUCCUGGAAAGCCCAGUGUUUGGUGAAUGCUUUUACAUCUGGUGGUCAGGGUGACAUGUUUUCCUUGUCAAAUCAUCAAAAGUCUUUCCUCAAUUCAUCUCAGCACCAUCAUCAUAACCUUCACCAUGUUGGAUCUGCUCCAUCUGCUCUUCCCUUUGAUAAGCACUUUGGUUUUUACCCAGACUCUCCGGUCUUAAGUCCAAGUUUUAGAGGUAUGGGUAUAGGUCCUCGUGACGGAAGUUUGAUGGUUAACUAUGGUGCUCGUACCACUUUGAAUUCUGGUGUUGCUGUUCCAGGGAAUAUGUCAAACAAUGGUUCUCCUGGUUUUGGCAUGAUGUCUUCCCAAAGACCGAGUCCUUUAUUCCUAGGUAAUGGUCAUUUCUCAGGACAUGCAGCUUCUAGCUUUGAGGGGCUGACUGAACGCAGCCGCACUCGACGUAUUGACAAUAAUGGGAACCAGAUGGACAACAAGAAACAGUUUCAACUUGACUUGGAUAAGAUUAGAUCUGGCGAAGAUACUCGGACAACUUUGAUGAUUAAAAAUAUUCCUAAUAAGUACACCUCCAAGAUGCUUUUAGCUGCUAUUGAUGAACAACAUAAAGGCACUUAUGAUUUUCUGUAUCUGCCAAUUGACUUCAAGAAUAAAUGCAAUGUGGGAUAUGCAUUUAUCAACAUGGUGUCUCCAUCACUCAUUAUCCCAUUUUACGAGGCACUUAAUGGAAAGAAGUGGGAGAAAUUCAAUAGUGAGAAAGUGGCUGCUUUGGCUUAUGCUCGGAUUCAGGGAAAGACGGCCCUUGUAGCCCACUUCCAGAAUUCAAGUUUGAUGAAUGAAGAUAAGAGGUGUAGGCCAAUACUAUUCCACUCAGAGAGCUCGGAAUUAGGGGAUCAGAUUGUUCAAGAGCAUCUUUCAUCUGGGUGCUUACAUAUUCAUCAAGUCUGUCGGUCAAACGAGUCAGACUUCCUGGAGUCACAAGGUAGCCCACCCGAGGAGGAUCCAGUUGACAAACUAGAGAAUAGCUAGCAUUGGCAUUCACAGUUUUUUCUUCACGGCUUGAAGAGUUUGUAGCUGUUAGUUGGUAAGUGUCGAUAGACAUAUGUAGAGUAGCAUGAUUCGAGGCACAAAAUAGAAGUAUGACGUUUUGUAUUAUAGUGAGUAGGUGUUUUUGGUUAGAAAUCUCUUAAUAGGAAGAGGGUUCUGAAUUAUGUGGAAUCGAAGCAUCUGCAGUUCUUGAUGUUGUAAUCUUUUGGCAAAUUGAGAUAGCAAAUACUAUCUCAAUAUAGAUUGCAAUGUUGUAGUUUUGCAACAUUUUUGGUGGAUGGAGUAAAGAGCUGAUGCUUGAUUUGUAUAGUGGGAGGAAAGCUGACUGUUAUUUUGUGUCAAGUGUUUAUGGAAAACCCACACUCCUUUUUCUAGGGAGAAUUACAUAUCUUAUGAUAUUUCUGUAACACGUCUUUAUAUAUUACAUAAACUUCUCUGGAGACUA